AUGGCAGAUUCUACUGCCCCUUCGGAGCCUCAGCAAGACGGUGGACCUGAUAUCGAAGGAGAUAAGGAAGAUGUUGACGCGAAGCUGUUGGAAGCUGCAAAAGACGGUGACGUUGUGGGAUUAGUUCGCUGUCUUAAAAAGGAGGCAGACAUCGGGACGAAGAACGCGUUUGGUUGCACUGCUCUCCACAUAGCCGCACUGUGCGGGAGUGAAGAAGUUACACGCAUUCUGCUCGCCCGGCACAAUCUAAAUAUCCAUGCGCAAGACGACGAUGGGGAGACGGCCCUAUACCAAGCUGCUGCAAGUGGAAAGGAAAAGAUCACAGAGUUGCUGCUGAAGGCGGGUGCAGAUGUCGGAAUCCAAACCACGGAGGGAGACACAGCUCUCCAUCGAGCAGUGUCAGAAAACCACUUACAAAUUGUCAAACUUCUACUUGGUAAGGGCGAGAGUACGACAAUCAGAAUCACUCGGGAAGAGACGGCUCGGCGUGUGAAUGAAAGAAAUGGUAAGGGUGAGACGGCUCUACAUGUAGCCGCUCAAAGUGGCAAGGGAGACAUCGUCAAGCUUUUACUCGAGUGCGGAGUCGAUGUGAGCGCCUUGAACAAGGAACAAAAAACAGCAUUAUACCAGGCUUUCGAAUGCGAAGAGAUCGACGUUGUCAGACACUUACCUCACCAGGACGACUCGCUCAAAUCCCCAAAUACAGCCGCAAGGAUAGGUCUAGCGUAUGCAACCUAUAGCGGUGAAUUGUCGCUAGUACAGGAGUUGAUAAACAAACUUGUUCCUGAAGAUUCUAAGGACAUGAUUCUCUUGCACUGGGCAGCAGCCGGAGGACAGCGGAAGGUUGCAGAGUUUUUAAUAAAUGAGAGGGGCUUUGAUGUCUCCAAGGAACAUGGACGUUUGACGCCUCUACAUUUCGCCUCUAAAGCUGGGAAAGAAGAGGUUACACGACUUCUUCUCGAUCAUGGUGCCGAUAUCAAUGCGGAAGACGCAACACGCAUGACACCGUUUCACUGGGCUGCCAAAGAAGGCUCUACAAAGGUUGUCGAGCUGCUGUUGAAGACGAAGCAUGUCGCCAUUGAGUCGAGAUCAGAGGAUGGACUAACGGCAUUACAUUGGGCGGCGAGGAUGGGAAAAAAAGAUGUCGUUCAGCACCUCUUGAAUGAAGGCGCGAAUUUCGAUUCAAAGGAUGAUGAUAAAUGCACGCCUUUGCACUGGGCCAGCAUUGAAGGUCAUGCAGAAUUGAUCGGUAUUCUUAUUCAAAAGGGUGCAGACCAUGAGGCAAGACAACGAGAUGGGGGAACGCCAUUGCACCUUGCUGCUUUUAAUAAUCGGACGGACGCCAUUGCACAACUGCUGAAACACAAGGUUGACAGCAAUGCCAGGGACGACGACGAUUGGACUGUCUUACACUGGGCUGCCGCUAAAGGAAGAAAAGAUGCAAUGGAAUCGUUAUUAAAGAAAACAAGCGCAGAGAUGAUUACUGCCGAGGAUAAGAAAGGAAAGACGUCCCUACACCAUGCUUGUGCGGGCGGUUGUUUUGAGGUGGUAAAACUACUCUUGGAUAAAAUGGAUCAAGAUUCGAUCGCUGCUCAGGACGACGACAAGGACUGCGCGCUUGCUGCAGCCGGAAGUAGCUGUGCAAAAGACGUGGUGCAACUUCUAGUAGACCGGGAGGCAGAUUUGACAUCUGCUCCUGGACCUGGGGAAGAAAGGAGCCAAGUCGUCAUGCCAGAGGAGCGGAUCGAGUUGAUUGGAGAAAUGCUGUUGAUGAACAGCAGUUGCUGGAAGAGUUCGACGCGUUCAGCACAAUGCACGAUGCAAUGGGCAGCUCGAAAUGGGAAUCAGGAUCUAUUGAACAAGAUCCUAGAUGUUGAUUCCACUCUUUUGAAGAAACGUAGCCCGCAGGACACGACGCCAUUGUACUGGGCUGUAUUUGGAAAGCAAGAAGAGCUUGUGAAAAUGCUGGCGGAGAGGCUGGUGGGUGAUAAAGGAAAUAUGCUCUCAAAGGAAGAUGGACUAAAAGCACUCACAACUGCUGCGAGGAGGGGAUACAACACAAUCGCUCAGGAUCUACUGCAGAGGAUGUCAGAUCCGCCAGAUCCAGAUGUGGAGACGAACAAAUGGACUCCACUUCACUGGGCAGUACACUAUGACAACACAGAUGUCGUUAAGGAGAUGCUGCUCAAUGGCGCCAACCCCGAGGAGAAAAUCGACAACGGGACAUCGGCUCUUGAGCUGGCUCGUAAAAUGCACAAGGAACUGAUCGAGCGGCUUUUUGAUAGUCCUUUACGGGCCCCUCGAAAGGUCGCUCCUCUAAGUUUUCCAGACACACCAGAGCAAGGGCCAGAACUUGAUGUCUGCGAAGCCUUCACAGCGAAUAUCGUCGAUUUUUAUCUCUCUGAGGGAAUAGACACCACCUCUGAACAACAGAAAAGCGUCUACGACAUCGUAUAUGGAAGGGGACCAGAGAAGAUAAUGUCUGACCAUCUGCGGGUAUGGGGCAUGAAGCAGGUUCAACUCCGAUUCAGGUGGAUCCAUCUUCCGGCAAAUAAUUGGCAUUGGCUUAAGGACCUUGUGCAAAAGAUCUAUAAAGUCAAGAAAAAAACAGAUAAGGAGUAUUCUCGAGUACAGAACUUUAUAGCAGAAAACCGUCGCGACGGGGAACAUCUGGGUGAUCCACACUGCCGGUUCAUGAACGCCGGCCUGCGAUUUGAUCAGAUGGACUUUACCUCCAGUGAAGAGGCAAGCUACAUCUACGCGAAUUGGAGACAACAGACGGUGUCAAAGACAGAUGCACAAUCGAAGGGGCCGGAACUCCCUAAUCAGGAGGAGCCAGAAAAACGGAGAAAACCAAGUCUUCAGGCGCCAGAACGUCAGGAGGGACUCUCCCCGAAAUUUUCAGAAAAGAAAAAUGCCACCCUCGAAAGCUCCGUCAAUGACUACGUCAAAAACUCCGAGUCACAGAUGUCUCGUGCCAACGCAGCCGGUUCUGGCCCGGCCCAAGCAAGGGUCAGGACAGAUGGAACGGGUAAUGAAGAAGUCCCUGGCGCAGCGAAAACCCAAGUCAGAGGCGAGCUAGCUCAAGGGGCUGAGCAGAAGAAGCCCACCCCGUCCACGAAAGCAGGGCAAAGUACCGAGACGACCAAGAAAAGGGAGAAAGAUAGAGUGUACGACACCGGAGGAAUGACUGGCCUGAAGGGAUGCAAAAUGGCAAUUUGGCUACCCUUCGUGACGUCGGAGAGUGUCCAGGGCCAAAAGCAAUGGCGAAAUGCUAUUAGAAUGGUUAAGGAGGCGCAACGACGUCCAGACCCACAUAACCCUGACUAUUCGGAACUCAAAAAAGCUAUAUUGAGUUUAAGCAUCAGCGAAGCCAGGAUACAGCUCAGCAAGGAGAAAAAUCGCCCCAGGGGAGUUACCUCUCCCUUUAACAGCGCUUGCGUGAGGGCGCUAUCAGAAGUUGAAGAUGCUAUAAACAACAUCCAUGAUAAAGCCGCCCCAGCCCCCAAACAGCUGAUUUCUGAUCCAAUGAGCCCAUCAGGGGGUCCUGAAAAGGCCAAACUCGACAAUAAACAGGAAUGCCUUGACAAAGCCAUCAACCAGCUGAAGAAUGGUUUUAAGGAAUAUCUUUCUCUGUCAGUCUUCAGCUGUCUCGAAAGUCUACAAGAGGCUGUGGAAAUCUAUUCUGGAAACCUCGAGACGGUCAAGGAGACGAAACUGCUACAAUGUUAUUUGGGUUUGUCGGAUGAGGACGAUGUCAAAACUCAUCAUCUCCACGUGCCUCGCACCCUGGAUCAAUAUUACUACUCUUCCUUGCCAGACACAAGACGACGCGACGUGGAUCAAGUGGUGCGGCGCUAUCAGAAGGACAAAUGGAGUCGGCUGCGAGGCGAUGAGAACCAACCUGACAAGCAGAGCCAGCCUGACAACCAGAAUGUCUCUCUUUUCCGACGCAUUCUUGACUUGCUACGGUCUAAAUCUUCAGGCUCCGGUGGGAAAAAUACUGGUUCGGAUUCCGCCUCGUCUCCUGAAAAACGCACCCCAGAUGUCGACAGUCAAGAUUUUCGAAUGUGCAUGGUAGACCAAUUAUGGCUUUGGAUCAUUGACGACGAAACCAUCAUUACUUGCUUUCCUGACCGAUGGGGCCAAAAUCCAAAGAAAGGGGCAAGGGCAGAAACUGAGACAGGAAAUGGUGAGGACCGCUUGGUUCGCAGAAUAAGCAAGCACGUCAGCGAAGACCACAAACCGCCAAUUCGAAACGUAUAUCACAUGGCAGCUUUAAUAACGUCGUUUUGUACGGAUUUUGUAGACCAAUGCAAGGUCAAGCCCGAUGGACGACGGGGAUCGAGCACCCUUGAAUCCUUCCUCCAUGUAUUUGCAAACUCUAUUGGUGUCGUGAUGGACAAAGAGGUUCAAUUCUUUGAGGAUUUCAGGCUAGACAUUGCCGCUCGGCACAACAAUACGCAAACAAACCGCGACAGUCAUUCUUCAAAUCUGGAGCUUCGGCUGGACAACGAAAUUGAGCUUCUCGAAGAGAUCAAAGAUAUACGUGAUGAGCUUAACAUUCUUCGGAGCAUUUGUGCUGAUCAAGAUGAUGUGCUGAAAAAGCUCUUUCAACUAGCCACUGUGCAUGAUUCUGAAGGAAAGCGAGAUGACACAAAUGAUCGCAUACUCAACUAUUACCGGCAGCGGAGCAACAUCGACACGCGAAUUGCGCGGAUCAACAAGAUGCAACGAGAUAUCGGAACGGCAUAUGACGCGAUGAAUCAUCUACUGGAUCUCAAGCAGAAGGAUGCAAACAUCCUCGAAGCCGCGGAAGCACGCAAGCAGGCAGCCGCGACGACGCAACAGGGUAGAACAAUUAUGGUUUUCACCAUCGUCACAAUUUUCUGUGUUCAGCUUCCCAUGUCAUUUUUGGCGUCUCUAUACGCAUUGAAUAUCCAAUCAUUCCCGCACGACCAAAGUGACAACGUUAGUUAUCCAUCCGAAUGGAUAUUUUCGAGGAUAUUUGGAACGAGCGCUGCUCUCGCUGUUCCGUUGAUUAUCGUGGCCUUUAAGAUCAAUACAGUCCUAGAUUACUUCGAGAGGUGGAGUCGAGGUGAAGGUAGCAACAACAGCAACAACAAGGGCAACAUCGAGAACAGCGGCGAAAGAAACAGCAACAGUUCCACACCGGAAGACAAGAAACGGGUCACAGAGCAACAAAAUCAUUCACACGGUCGAUUCAAAUCGUAUGUCGACGAAGUUUUCAGACGUGAGAAGGUGGCUCAGGAGUCGGCCAUGGAACGGGGGUUGGCGAACGCCGGCGGGAAGGUUUCCAAGGACGGGGCAAGAAGUCUGGUUGAGCAAGUCAACCCAGGAUCAGAAUCGUCUAUAGCCGAUCGCGAGCGGCUAUAUUAG